AGAGCAGGUCGUCCGAGUAUCUAGGCAGAUCGGGACUGUUCCAGCCAUUCAGAAAAAAGAAAAUAAAGCAACGCACGAGCCCGCUGGGCCAGGACCGUGGGCUGGGCUGGAGUGAAGGUGGCUACGAGCCCUCAUGCUGGGAUGGCAGAAGAUGAACCCGAUGCUAAGAGCCCCAAGACUGGGGGAAGGGCCCCCUCAGGUAGUACUGAGGCGGGAGAACCCACCACCCUUCUUCAGAGGCUCCGAGGUACCAUUUCCAAGGCUGUGCAGAACAAAGUCGAGGGAAUCCUGCAAGAUGUACAGAAAUUCUCAGACAACGACAAGCUGUAUCUCUACCUUCAGCUCCCCUCAGGGCCUAGUACUGGAGACAAAAGCUCAGAGCCAAGUACACUCAGCAAUGAGGAGUACAUGUAUGCCUACAGGUGGAUCCGCAACCACCUAGAGGAGCAUACUGACACCUGUUUGCCAAAGCAAAGUGUUUAUGAUGCCUAUCGGAAGUACUGUGAGAGCCUCGCCUGUUGCCGCCCACUCAGCACAGCCAACUUUGGCAAAAUCAUCAGAGAGAUCUUCCCUGACAUCAAGGCCCGAAGGCUUGGUGGCCGGGGCCAGUCCAAAUAUUGCUACAGUGGCAUACGAAGGAAGACCUUGGUUUCAAUGCCACCCUUGCCUGGACUUGACCUGAAGAGCUCUGACAGUCCAGAAAUGGGCCCAGAAGUAACCCCAGCACCUCGGGAUGAGCUGGUGGAGGCAGCCUGCGCUCUGACCUGUGACUGGGCAGAACGGAUCCUGAAACGGUCCUUCAGUUCCAUCGUUGAGGUUGCCCGCUUCCUGCUGCAGCAGCAUCUCAUCUCUGCCCGAUCCGCGCAUGCCCACGUGCUCAAGGCCAUGGGGCUCACUGAAGACGAUGAACAUGCCCCUCGGGAGCGGUCAUCUAAAUCCAAGAAUGGUGUGGAGAGCCUAGAAGGUGGAGCCCCUAAGAAACCAGAGAGAGCAGCCCAGCCCCCUAGGGAGCUGGAAGCCCGGGUUGGGGCCGGCACCCCUGCACGCGGUGAGCGGAAGAAGAGUGUAGUGGAGAGCCCAGCCCCAGCAGCCAAUAACCCACAGGUUAAUGCGCUGGUGGCCCGGCUUCCUCUGCUCCUUCCCCGGGCCCCUCGCUCACUUCUUCCGCCAAUCAGAGUCUCUCCACCCAUCCUGGCCCCCAAGCUUUCUUCAGGCCUGAAAGUGGCUACGUUGCCUUUGCCCAGUAGGGCCGGGGGGCCCCAGGCAGCUAUGCCAAUCAUUAACAUGAUCUUACCGACUGUUCCUGCUUUGCCUGGAUCUGGACCCGGACCCGGACCCGGACCGGGACCUGGGCCUGGGCAAGCUCUGCCUGGGGCGCUCGCUCAGCCGCAGGGCCCAGAGAACAGGGAAGCAGGCAUAGGUGGUGACCUGGGACCCCAUGACAAGGGUGUCAAGAGGACAGCUGAAGUACCUGUGAGUGAGGCCAUUGGGCAAGAUCCACCUGCUAAAGCCGCAAAGCUGGAUAGAGAGGAUACAGGAAGCGAUGCCAAAAGAAAACGGGGGCGCCCUCGAAAAAAAUCAGGUGGAAGUAAGGAAAGGAACUCCCCCCCUGACAAAUCAGCAGCUGCCAUGGACUCGGCCCUGUCCCCGAGGUUACUACAGGAGACGUGGGCCUCUGGAGGGGAAAGCAACUCAACUGGAGGGUCAGGGAGGCCAGGGCCAGUGGGAGAGGCUGAGAAAGGAAUGGCGCUUGCCCAGGGUCAGGAAGAGGGUGCUGUUGCCAGAGGAGGAAGGGGCCCCAGCUCCCGGCAUGCCAAAGAAGCGGAAGAUAAAAUUCCUCUGGCCACCUCAAAAGUGAGUGUCAUCAAGGGCAGUAGAAGCCAAAAGGAAGCUCUUCAUUUGUUGAAGGGCGAGGUAGACACCAAAAUGCAGGGCAAUAACGACUUAAAGGGGCACAGGCUUCAAAAUUCCUUAUUCCACGAGGGGAAAGACCCCAAAGCAACACCCCCAUGAUAGGUAUGUGGGGGAGAGUGUUUAUAAACACACUAUCUCUACCUGCCUAGUAGAGGCCCCUCUCUGCACUUGCUUCUCGUUUGGCUCUCCUUUUCCUAAGAGAAUUCAUUCUCAUGUCCAGACAGCUGAGGCACCCUAUCUUGCACAGUGUCCAGCUCCUGCUUCUGACCUUUCCAGCUCAAUACCCUUGGCUUCAGAGUCACUGAUAAAUCUGUCGUGACUGUCUUAACCUGGAUCUCUGGGCUAUUCUGCGGAAAGAUAGGGAUGGAGUUAAGUAUGAUGAAUGUAUAGGCUAGGAAUCUUUUGGUUUUAAAUCGUAAAAAAAAAAAAAAAAAAAAAAAGAACCACCUAACUCAAACUGACUUAAAAAUAAAGACUUACGGGC